UCCCGUCUUUUUUGAAGAUGCCGGGAUGAAACCGGGAUCGGGAAUUCCCGCUUUCCCAGUUCCAGGUCCCGACCGGGUUUCCUCCGCUACAAUUUCCUGUUUCCUUCCGAUCUCUAGUUCAAAAGAGCAUAAUACUCUAACGUCCAAAUUUAAAUUUACGCCUACAGUACUAUUAUUUUCUGUGCCAAACUUUGGCAUAAUGUUUAUUCGCAACUUUGUCCCAACUUGUUUUUUCUUGUCUAAAAUUUUCUUCGAGCCUAAGGUGCACCUAGGUAGUUUUUCGUUGUUUUUGUUUGUUUUUUUUGUUUCUAUAUGUGUUUCUUUACUCAUUUCGUGUUCCUAUCUCUUUCCUUCACUCAGCGCGCGGCGAAAAAAUUAAAAAAAACUUUAAAAAAUUGAAAUUUUAUUUUUCAAAAUUUAACUGUUUUUUUCUUUCUAGUUCCGCCGACUCUCUUCUACAUCUACUGUGGUGCUUGCUCUACAUGGUGGCCUGUUAUGGUGCUCUACAUGGCCUGUUUGUGGUGCUCUACUUGGCCUUCUGUUCUCAACAUGGUGGCCUGUUUAAUAUGCUUUGCUCUUCAUGCUCCUCAUGCUUGUGGAGGCUUCAAUUGCUGUUGAUGUCGUCCGAUGUGCUCUACAUGGAUUCUGGUGUGGUUUUGUUUUUAAAAAAAUUUGGGAGGCGGGAGGGCUUCCUCUUUUAAGA